GGCAUUUCUCUAUUCCCAACUGAAACAACAAUGCACCAAAUGUGGUGAUUGGUACCGCUAGUGGCGCGGCAAGUGCCUCAGGGUGGUCUCACAGAUUUCCAGCAAUGGACGAGUACACUGGUACUCGACAAAUAUCGCCUAGUCCUUGUUUCAGAUGACUCUCCAUCCAUGUAAAGCCGUAAGUGACAUCCAAGUUACCAUUUUUGGAUAUCAAAGACCCCUUUAUAAAUAAGACUUGAACGAACAUGUCUUGGUUUCAACAACAAUCCCUCCCCAUGCUCUACUCUCAUAUUCUCGCUGUAGGGAUACCAUGUAUCAUUUCACUGGUUGCCGCUUUUCGUUUGACUCGCAAACGCGCUUACCCAUUGCCUCUGCCGCCUGGCCCUCCUGGCCUACCAUUUCUGGGUAACGCACUGGAAUUGGACACUAAACGACCUUGGCUCACAUAUCAUGCAUGGGGAAAGAAAUACGGGAAAAUCGUUUACACCCGCGUCCUUGGGAUUGACAUGAUCAUCAUAAGCUCCGAAGCGAUCGCGCGGGAGUUGUUGGACAGGCGUUCUGCAAUUUACUCGAGUCGCCCUGUCAUUCCUACCAAUGAAAUGACUGGACUCGCUUUCAACACUGUGCUCCUUCCGUAUGGCGAGACUUUGAAACAACAUCGCAGGAUCUUCCAUCAAGUCCUCAGAGUCGAAGCCUCUGUCUCAUACUAUGAGAUGUACUCUCGCCACGCGAAUGAACUAGUCAUCAAUCUUUUGAAUGCUACUGGUGACCUGCAGGAACCCGCUCAAGUAUACACGGCAUCACUGAUCAUGGCCGUGACGUACGGACACAAAGCUCGCGGACGUGACGACCCAUUCCUUGACCCCGCACAAGAACUCCUGGAAAUUGCCAAACAUCUUCUUUCUCCCGAGAGGGCUGCCAUGUUUACAGCCUUUCCUUUGCUUGCGAAGUUGCCAUCUUGGUGCUUUCGUGGAGCCUAUUCACUGAUGGGGCGCUGUAGAGAAUUAGCUCAGAAACUUUUGAAAGAGCCCUUUAACGAAGUGAGAGCACAGAUGGCAAAUGGUACCGCUACACAAUCAUUAGUCGCUGACUUCCUCAGUCAAUCCGACAACAAAGCUGAUGAAGAAACCAUGAGGGCUGUUGCGUUGAUGAUAUACAUAGGCGGCAUAGACACGUCUUCAUCCGCAUUGCUGAUAUUCUUGAUCGCUAUGAUACUCUAUCCUGAUGUCCAAGCCAGGGCUCGUGCAGAAAUAGAUCAAGUCGUGAUGCAUGAUAAAAUGCCAUCCUUGGAUGAUAGACCGUCACUGCCUUACCUCGAUGCCAUUUUCCGUGAGGUUCUGAGAUGGCAAUCUCCCAUACCCCUAGGAAUGUCACAUGCGACAACAGCUGAUGAUGUUUACGAGGGAUAUUUUAUACCUAAAGGUACUGCGGUAAUGGUUAAUCAGUGGUCACUGUCUCGGGACGAAGACGUGUAUCCUGACGCCGAGCGCUUCGAUCCCACUCGCCAUCUAACAGCUGAUGGGAAGCUGAAGGGCUCUUUCGUCAAUCAUUUUGCCUUUGGUCAUGGCAGGCGCACUUGUCCUGGUCGGUUUUUCGCAGAGAACAGUCUGUGGACUGCAAUGGCUGCGAUACUCGCCGUCUUGCGCAUCGAUCAUGCCAAAGACUCGAACGGAAACAAGAUUGAGGUAAAACUGGAAAUGACCGCCGGGAUGGUGAUUCGCCCGCAGCCUUUCCGGUACUCGUUCGAAGUCGUGAAUUCAGCAAGAGAAGCGCAGCUGCAGGCAAUGAUGAAUUCGAAGUAGGCAGUUUGGCAUUACUUGGUGUAAAUUCUCGGUACGAUAUGUGCAGUGUGAGAGGCCUGAGGUUUUGUACUAGUCACAGUUUCUGUUUCUGCCUUUGUUGAACAUCGAAUAUUAAUCUUGAAAAUGAUAUUUCUUUCGAAUGACUACUUGGGAGAACGGAAUAAAAUUUAGAGAUAUAUUGACGCAACACGUAUAUUGGGCGCCCAUUGAUCGGUGUACAUGUCAAUGAAACGUCAAGUUAGUGUCAUAAGCCGCGUUUAAAUCAAUGAUUUCAUAUCGUUUAGCGCACAUUCGUCAAAAGGCGCGACUUCACUCCAUGGUCGUGCUUGAUCCACCAGGCAGGAGACGCGAGAAAGCUGACAUGAAAUCAGAUACUGCUCGCGCAUAACUCAAGCUCACAGGUGGUCGAGAGGUC